AUGAUGAGGUAUUGUAACCGCGCGUGUCAACGUCGCAUGUGGAAUGCGCAUAAACUGGAAUGUAAGCAGUACGUUAAGUGUGGGCGCUUACCUAUUGCUCACGUUCGUCUCAUUCUAAGGAUCAUAAGUGUUCAGAAUGAAAUGAAAGACAAUAUCAAUUCCCUUGUCUCACAUGAGAAUGAAAUACUUGCAGAUAUUAAUUUAAUGGAAGUGUACCACACUUUUAGGAUGACUCUUUUCGAGUUUUCAGAAGGUAAAUUACCUCUAAGUGAAGAAGCUAUUUUUCAAUUAUUUUGCAGAAUUAAGAUAAAUAGUUUCAUGAUUACCGAUGCUAAUGGUGCAGAUGUUGGGCUCGCACUCUACCUUAGAGCUGCGCGCUUGGACCAUUCUUGUAUUCCAGAUGUACAGUACAUAUUUUGUAAUCAAAAGAUUGUUAUGUGCAGGUACUCCACAUCUUCACUAUCGAUAAAGCCACGUAUCAAUUAUUAUGAUUGUAUGACAACGACUGAAGAAAGACAAACUAAUCUAAUGAAGAAUUAUUACUUUAAAUGUGAUUGCAGUCUGUGUCUUGAUACUGAUCGCGAGAAAAAAAUCACCUCGCUUAAAUGUUGUUCACCUGAAUGUUUAAGUGAACCAAUACCAUUCGAAAAACUGCCUUCUUCAGUAAAAUUGAAAGAUGGAAGUGAAGAUAGUGCAGUCAAACCUGCUAUUGUGCGUUACUGUCCAGUAUGUUUAGAAAUCUAUGACAAUGAAGUAAUAAGCCAAGUUGCAGGUUGUUUGUAUGGUAAAACUGAAGUUUGUCCUGACAUUGAUAUUGCUUUGGAUGCCAUAAUCAUGUAUGCUCGAUGUUGUCAAAUUAAUAAAUCUCUACAAAAUAUUCACCUGACAUCUAUUCAAGACAAUGAAGAUGUAAAAUAUCAUCAUCGAUAUUAUAAAUUAUUUGGUCAUCAAGACAGUUUGUAUUUGGCACGAUGUUGUUCUCGCGCUCAGUGUAUAACUACAAUGUCAAUGGAUUUAAUACUGAACAAUUUAACUAAGCGUAAUCAUCACUAUCGUAAUGAACAACAGCUGGAAAUGUCAAAAGAUACUUUUGUGAACAUUGUAAUCGCUUGUAGUCUAACUGAAUUCUAUUGGAGGUUGAAUUGGUUACCGUCAGAUUGUUUACGACUUGGUCAAUUAAUGUAUUCCGUCGCUUCUUUUCUAUUAUGUCAUAUAGACGAUGUAAAUGAAUUUCACAAUUGUAGACGAAUGGAUGAAAUUAAAAGUUUUCUAUUAUGUAACUAUGACGACAACAACAAGGACAAUAAGUUUAGUAAAAUGAAUUGUCUAGGUCAUGUGUUGUGUAAAUUUUCUAAGAUUGCAUAUGAUUUACUCAGUCCAUUUGCUGAAUAUCGUCCAGAUUGGCAACAAGGUCUUAGCAUACUAGAACAUUAUAAAGCUCAAGACAUAUUGACUGAUAUAGAUAGUGAUGAUGUCAUAGAUAAUCGCUUACAGUUGACAUGA